AUGCCCCUGCUGCCCAGCGUCUUGUGCCUGGCAGGCCUGCUCUUCUGGGCAGGCCAGACAGCAAACACCUUGAUGAUGCCCAAUGCCACCCUGGAGCUGGCCCAGCCCGAGGUCACAGCCGUGAGGCCCCUGACCAGCCUAGGGGUGCCCAGGUACCGCCGGAAGUGCCACAUCUCUGCCCGGGACAUGAUGCCUUUGGAUUAUCACAACCAUAUCUGGGCCAGCACGUAUCCACCUGCUACCAACAUGGAGUACAUGGUCUGGGAUGAGCGGCUGACCAGGUCUGCUGAGGCCUGGGCCACCCAGUGCAUCUGGGCCCAUGGGCCCUCGCAGCUGAUGAGAUACGUGGGCCAGAACCACUCCAUCCACUCUGGCCGGUACCGCUCCGGGGUAGAGCUCAUGAAGUCUUGGUCUGAGGAGAAGCGGCAUUAUUUGUUUCUGGCCCCUAGCGACUGUAACCCACACUGCCCCUGGUGCUGCAGCGGCCCUGUCUGCUCCCACUAUACCCAGGUUGUCUUCGCAUCCUCCCACCCGCUGGGCUGUGCCAUCCACACCUGUGGCAGCAUCAACGUGUGGGGCAGCACUUGGCGUCGGGCAGUGUAUCUGGUCUGCAACUACGCCAUUAAGGGCAACUGGAUCUGGGAGGGACCAUACAAGAUGGGGAGGCCGUGUUCCGCCUGCCCCUCCAGUUACAGAGGCAGCUGCAGUAGCAACAUGUGCUUCUUUGGCCUCAAAUCCAACAAGCUCCUGUGA